AUGAGGAUGAGGAUGGAGAGCGGGGAGGAGAUGCAGGGCGCCGUGGGGCUACGCUGCAGCUGGGACAUCACGCCAGCCGCUAGCACCCAGGCCAAGUGGGUGAGGCUCAAUGUGGGGGGCACCGUGUUCCUCACCACCAGGCAGACCCUUUGUCGGGAGCAGAAAUCUUUCCUGUGUCGCUUGUGCCAGGGCGAGGAGCUGCAGUCGGACCGGGAUGAGACUGGUGCAUACCUAAUAGACCGGGACCCCACCUACUUUGGACCUAUCCUGAAUUUCCUCCGUCAUGGGAAGUUGGUCUUGGAUAAAGAUAUGGCUGAAGAGGGGGUGCUAGAAGAAGCCGAGUUCUAUAACAUUGGUCCUUUAAUCCGAAUAAUCAGAGAUCGACUGGAGGAGAAGGACUACACAGUAGCUCAG